AUGGGCAACUGUUGCUCUCGUGACAAUCCCGACGAUGCCCCCACCAGCGCGAGGGAGGAUUCUAACGGGGAUAACUCCAAGGAUGAUGGCGGAAAUACCAACUCCAUUAAGCAUGCUCCUUCGGCCUCGCCGGUGGCUUCCGCCAAGGCUUCUAAGACCUCUCAGAUCGGAACUGUUCUAGGGCGGCCGAUGGAGGAUGUCCGAAACACUUACUCCAUUGGUAAGGAGCUGGGAAGGGGUCAAUUUGGGGUAACCCAUUUGUGUACUCAUAAGGCUAGUGGCGAACAGUUGGCGUGCAAAACCAUUGCUAAGAGGAAGCUCGUAAAUAAGGAGGAUAUUGAAGAUGUUCGAAGGGAGGUCCAGAUUAUGCACCAUUUAACUGGUCAGCUCAACAUUGUUGAGCUUAAAGGUGCUUAUGAAGAUAAGCAUUCUGUUCAUUUAGUCAUGGAGUUGUGCGCUGGAGGAGAGUUGUUUGAUCGCAUCAUAGCAAAAGGGCAUUACACCGAGCGAGCUGCGGCAUCGUUGCUCAGGACUAUUGUGCAGAUUGUGCAUACUUGCCAUUCCAUGGGGGUUAUUCAUAGAGAUCUUAAGCCUGAAAACUUUCUCUUGCUGAGCAAGGACGAGACGUCUCCGCUCAAGGCUACCGAUUUCGGUUUAUCCGUGUUCUACAAGCAAGGAGAGGUGUUUAAGGAUAUUGUUGGUAGUGCAUAUUACAUUGCACCAGAAGUCCUGAAGAGGAGAUAUGGCCCUGAAGUUGACAUUUGGAGCGUUGGAGUCAUGCUAUACAUUCUUCUGUGUGGUGUUCCACCUUUUUGGGCAGAAUCCGAACAUGGGAUAUUCAAUGCGAUCUUGCGUGGCCACGUCGAUUUUACGAGCGAUCCCUGGCCUUCGAUAUCUCCAGCAGCAAAGGAUCUUGUAAGGAAGAUGUUGAAUUCAGACCCCAAGCAGAGAUUGACAGCCUUCCAAGUCUUAAAUCAUCCAUGGAUUAAGGAGGAUGGAGAAGCACCUGAUAGACCACUCGACAACGCGGUGCUCAAUAGGCUCAAACAGUUCCGUGCGAUGAACAAAUUCAAGAAAGUCGCUCUUCGGGUGAUUGCGGGCUGUCUAUCAGAAGAAGAAAUCAUGGGGCUCAAACAAAUGUUCAAAAACAUGGAUACUGACAACAGCGGGACAAUAACGCUUGAAGAACUUAAGCAAGGACUCGCAAAGCAAGGCACAAAACUCUCUGAAUAUGAAGUGAAACAAUUAAUGGAAGCCGCGGAUGCCGAUGGCAAUGGAACCAUAGACUACGACGAGUUCAUCACGGCGACAAUGCACCUAAACCGAAUGGAUAGAGAAGAGCAUCUCUACACUGCCUUCCAGUAUUUCGACAAAGAUAACAGCGGUUAUAUCACGACCGAGGAGUUAGAGCAAGCUCUUAGAGACUACGGAAUGCACGAUGGGAGGGACAUCAAGGAGAUCCUUUCUGAAGUGGAUGCAGACAACGACGGUCGCAUCAACUACGAUGAAUUUGUGGCGAUGAUGCGAAAAGGAAAUCCAGACGGGAAUCCGAAAAAGCGUCGUGACUCUUUCAACGUUUGAUUUGGUUAAUGGUGGGAGUGCAAUGGAGGAGAUGACAAGAACUGCUGCCACCUGAAUGUUUUGGUCUUCUAUGGAGAAACGAUGAAGAAUAUGAGGGUGAAUGCAAAGAGAAUGGAAAGGGUUGAGAAGCAGAGUCUUUUUAUCUCGAGAAUGCCAUAUAUUUACAGUGUGAAUGGUGGUUCCUUCCAGAGAUAGAAAAUCGCCAUACAAAGAAGAAGAAAGGAAAAGAUUAAUCAUACUCUCUAAUUCUUAGGAUUUAAGGGGUGAUUUUCUGAUGUUCUUAGCGGUUCUUGUCCACUUUUAGGCAGACUAAUUAUUGCUCUUAUGGUUGGUUGACUGACUGAUAAGAAGAAACAUGAAUUUGUUCAAAAUUGUCUGUUGUAUUCAUUAAACAGAGAGGUCAAUAGUUCUGAACCCAAUUUCUGUACAAAAUUAAAUAUAAGGUAUCUAAACAUUGUUCGGUCGA